UAUGUCGCCAUUUUGUUUCGUAACGUGUAAUGGCUUCUUAACGCUAACAUUUUCGGAGUUUAGUUCAAUUUUCUGGGAUGUCUGCUCCUCCAAAACCUUGGGAAGGAGUAGGAACAAAUGCCAGGUCAAGUUCUGUUGCGUUUGAUUCGCCAUCUCGACCUCCGAUAGGGGCAUCUGGUCCAAGACCGAGUGCUCUGCGAAGUUCGUUCAAUCCAAGCAAAAUGGAUUCUUCCACAAGCAAUGGUACUUCUGUGGCAAAAGUACCUCCUUUACCGCCACGACCUCAAACACGGAGGUCCACUAGUAGUAUGAUGUAUGGAGGGUCGAGAUAUGGUUAUGGUGGAAGUAUGUAUGGAGGUUACAGUGGCAUGUAUGGAGGGGGAAUGGGAGGUUAUGGAGGAAUGUAUGGAGGUGGUUAUGGGGGUUAUGGUGGAUAUGGAUUUGGCAUGAAUCGUUAUGGUAAUGCCAUGAACCAAUCAGGAACAAGUUCUUUUGUAAGCCAGGCAGAAGAAAGUAGCCGAGCAGCUUUUCAGUCAAUUGAAUCUAUUGUGCAGGCAUUUGGAUCUGUUGCCAUGAUGUUGGAAUCAACUCACUUUGCUAUGCAUAACACAUUUCAUGCUGUUUUAAGCAUGGCAGAUCAUUUCAGUAGACUACGGGCUCAUCUAGUCAGCGUGCUUGGUGCAUUUACUCUGUUCAAGGUCAUAAGAUAUGUUUUUAGAAAGAUCAAAGCUUUAUUUGGUGUAAGCCAGGGUCUUGAAGAAGAACUUUGGAACAGCGCAGAAACUGCUGUUAUAUCUUCAAGUGAAAAGGGUGACUCCAGAAAGCCAAGAUCAUGGCCCAUUUUGCUCUUCUUUGGAGUUGUGCUCGGUACACCACUGAUUAUAUGGAAGUUACUACAGUCUCUACUUAAUGACGAGAGUAAAACCAAAGACUGGAAGACAGGAGAGGGAGACCAUGUUAUUGCCAGAGCAGAGUAUGAUUUUGAUGGUGAAAAUGAUGAGGAGUUGUCAUUCCGUGCUGGUGACAUUCUUCGACUUGCUCCCAAGGGAAAGCAGCCACGCAUUAGAGGUUGGCUCUUGGGUAGUCUUGAUGGCAGCAGUGAGGGAAUUGUACCUGCUAAUUUUGUUAAGAUUCUGGGUCUGCGUCGUGCAAAGAAGGAACUAAAAGACUCCCAGGAGGAGAAAACUGAAGAAUCAGAGGCUUCUCAAGCAGAUCAAAGUAGGACAUUUGAUGAUAAAAUGGAUAAUGAAUAUGAUCAAAUAGUAGAGAGGACAGAUGGUAGUAGUUUCCUUCCAUCUCAGGACUUGCUUACUGAAGAUUCAUUGAACGUAAGAACUCUUGUAGAUGAUGGCCUUUCAGACACUGAUUUUCAAAAUUUUGUUGAAGAACAAGUUUAGUGCCUUUAGUUUGAUGCUUUGUCUUCAUUAGAUUUUUUCAUUGAUUCAAGUUGAUUCCCAGAACUCUCUUCUGUGAAGAUAUUAGGAUUAGGAUUUUGCAGUAGCACCACCAAACCCACUCUGAUGAGUUAUUCACAUGUUACUUAUCCUUAAAGUGUCAUUACUUUAUCUGGUAAUCAUGAAGAUCAACUCCCUGAAAAAACGGCCAACUGAAGUUCAGCUGUUGGCCAACAGUCAACGUACAGUCUGCAACUGUUGAUUGACAGUGGACCAACUUUUGGCUGACAGUUAUAAGCAAACUUGUUGGCUGACAGGCGGGUGACAGGUGGCCAACAGUUGGUAUAAGGGAGCUGAUCCUCACAAUCAUCCUAUGCUUAAGCAAUCAGCAUAGACAGAGUUAAUGAAUGCUUAACAAAACAUCUCUUUCCUGAUUGGUCAAUAACAAAUACAUAAAUAAGUUAUAGACUGCUAUACAAGACUUCUGUCAUGCACUCUCCCGAAAAAAAACAAAACAAAAACCAAAAAACAAGCUAGAAAGCUUUAAAAAUGAUUAGAUAUUUUUCAAACUUGGUUGGGCCUUUACAAAUGUGGUCUGAAGUGACUAAUUCAAAUUCUCCUCUGCGAUUCACAAGGAAAGGUAGGGCAGUGAGAAAGGAGAGUUACUUAUUGGAUCUUAGGAGUUAAAGGGUCAAAAUAUUCAUUUUAUAAUGAACCAGGAGUUCCAUUGUACGAGCCAUUGUCUCUUCUGAUUUUGUGAAGGAAAGUCUCCAUGCAAAUCUUCGACGUUAUUUGUGUAAAAGUAAUAAUCACAAUCAAUAAACUUCAUUACACAGAAGUACUUUGUGAAAGGUGUUAGUAGUCACGAUGUUUUCAAAUCUUCUUUUAGCAGUGUGACCGAAUUACCUGGCUGGUUAGAGGACUUAAAUAAAAGAUGAAUCGUAAUUGGUC